AGAUAAUAGAUAGAUAGAUUAGUGCCGCCACGUUCAACGUUGCUCCUCUUCAGUUCUCACUCCAAAGUUCGUUCCCUCACUCCUCUGGCUAACCCUAACUUCUUCACUGCAGUAAUUUGUAAACCUGAAGCACGUCUACCAUAAGGCCGUAUGUAUAUCACCUCGCAUUUCGUGUUUUUUUACACUGUAUAUUAAUCUUCAGUUCAACUCCGGCAUUUACUCGGAAAAUGACUCAUAAUUACAUUCACUGCACACUCCCAAAUCACAAUUGCUGUAUAUACCUCUGAAAAUUGCAAUUGCAAUUUGUACUUUUUGUUCAACAAUUUUAUAGUUAGGCUAUCUGUACACAAAUUAAUUCUUGCUCUGUAUUUGGCUUGUUUAUGGUAAGCUAUCUGAACUAUGGAGGAGCCAGAUAGAUUAAGUGAACUCCCUGCAGAUGUACUUGACAAGAUUAUGGGAUUAUUGUGGAUUGGAGAAGCCGCUAGAUGUGCCGUCUUGUCCACCGCUUUGAGAGAUGCUUGGUACAAUCUUACCGAGCUUGAUUUUGACGAUUCCUUCCAUGAUAACAUUUACUCAGAUUGUGGUGAUGACCCAGCCACUUGGAAUGAUACCAUCAACAAUUACCUUAAGAAGCACAAUGGAAGCAUUAAAAAGUUUGGCAUUUGUUUUAGUCUCCAAGUAUAUCAAUGUGACUUUGAUAAGUUGUUCGUUUCUGUAACGAAGAAAGGUGUACAAGAACUCUACAUUGAGAUAGAUAGCGAUGAUCCUAUCAAAUACAGGCUUCCUGCUUGCAUAUUUAAGUGCCCUACACUAAAGAUUGUGCAAGCUUCUGGUGUUAAAAUUGACCCGAUAAAGGCCCGUUGCAUAUUUCCAAAUGUCACUUCUAUUUCUUUUAGUGAUGUGGACUUCAGCCCUAGGAGUCCUCAACUUCAUGUUGUUGAUGUUCCAAUGCUCCGAAAAUUGAUAUUCAGUGAAUGUAAAGACAUCUCUCAUUUUAACAUCACUGCCCCGAAACUCCGUACUUUAUCAAUCAAAGGAUGUUACAUUGGCCAUGAUCGUGACAGUGACAAUGGCUCCCAGAGUGAUAGCGAUGAUGAUGAUUACUACCAUGAAGAUGAUGACUCCCGCUAUGCAAAUGACUAUAGAGAUGAAUUUAAAAAGAGACUAUUUGAAUUCAUUAUGUCUCAAGUACAGGUGACAAUUCAUUAUGCAAAUGACUCCCGCUCUGAUGACGAUGAAUGUGAUUACAAUGACAAUAGCGAUAGCGGAGGUGAUGAUGAUAGUGAUAUGUUUUGCUAUGACCCUCUCAAUGGAGAAGACAAAUCGGGUGGUGGGUUUCUCCCUGCAAACAUGGAUUUGGGAUCUAUUUGUGCACUUCAUCUGUGUUGUGAUGGUAUUGGGGCUGUUGUCGAUGACUUCAGAAUCAAACCUCAAAUGCCAGUGUUAGACGUGACAUACUUAAACCUCUCAGGUGACUAUUCUCCAGAUUCAGAUAGUAACUCUAAGUUUGUGAGUUUGCUGCGAAGUUGCCCAAAGUUAUGCAAACUUGUGAUAUGUUUUCAGCUUCAUGGGUUUGAGUCCCCGGAUUGUAGUGGAAGUUUUUCCGAUCAUUUGGAAGGACAUCAAAAUCUACAUUACAGACACAACGCUCUCCAAUUUUUGAAGCUUAGCUUAUUCUCAGGGUCCAAAUCUGAAUUGCAAUUUAUAACAGGACUAAUAGCUUGCUUCCCAACAUGUAAGAAGGUGCUUGUUUGUUGUCCGAAAAGGUUCAGGUCCAGGGAGAAGGCAAAAAUUAAAGAGGAGAUUUUGAGUUCUUGUGGUGCCUCAUCAGCAGCAAAAAUCUAUUUGAAGUGAGAAGCCAUUUGGUUUUAUCCAUCUCCUAGACCCUCAUGAACGGGAGGAAGCUGAUCUCUUCUGCUCUGAAGCAGCAAGGAAUUUCAAUAUAUAUUAGUGUAAAAUGAUCUUUGCGUUUUUAGAUGGUAUGUUAGAACGAAACUGAGUUUAAUAAUGUGGUAGGACUUCAGUGCAUGUUAAACCUUAUCUGGCUGACAGGCUGUUCGUAAUUGAGGAGAGAACAAUAGUGCUCCCAACGACAUUCCCCUCCCUUCCCUUUACAUGGGGUUUUCCAUUCUCCUUUAAUUGGGUAUUUGAGUUGUUCCCUUUACAUGGGUUUUUACAUGGCUUCGUGAUAGUUCUGCUACAGUAUCGUUAAAAGGGGCUAUUUGUAUGAUUUUAGAGAAAAUGUUUAAUAGAGAAAAUUGAUAGUGUUUGAG